GAGUAGCACCUCGGCCUGGAUGAAAAUAGGAAAUAUAAGACUACUUUAACGUGUUGUUUAUGUAAUGAAGUACCACCGCCAGCAGAGGGGGCACAUUAGUCGUUUUUUAUGCCUCAAUAUGGUCAUCGUCUUUCAUACCUCAAAGGUCUCGACAAUAUUUGCAAUUGAAUAGUUUAUUUGCUGAACAAAUGUUCAUCCACUAGUUUGAUGUAUGUGCAAAUAUGUGUUAUCAAUUUUAAACCAAGAGGGACAGACAUUUAUAUGAGGGUCCAGGGGUUCUCAAACCUUCUGGGUUCAAAUGUAAUUAUUUUAUGAUUUCAAUGUAUACCAAUACCAUAUUAUACAUGUUAUAUAUUUCACAAUGUAGACUGUACAAUUACUACUUAUAUUUUCAUCAAUCUCACAUCAAUUUGUUUCUCUUUUCCUGGUGGAAUUAGGAAUUUCUAAAUAGACAGUUUUCUUUCUUAAGACAAGGGGACACCGCACAAUUGCACUUACUAAAACACGUGAUCCAUCAACAUACGAUAGUUAGCCCUUGAUGAUCCAACACCACCAUUCCUUCAUUUCCCAGACUGCUUUGCGCCACCCCGAACCCCGCCUUUCCUUUUCCUAAACUUCAGUUGUGUCGACUCUCUGUCUUGCAGUGAUUUUAUUGCUCGGUCUGGACCCGGACACACUUCAGCCCCCGCACCACCACGGACCCUACUCUUCGUCGUCCUCAUCAAAGGAGAAUAAAAUUAUAUUUACAAAAAAGUUGGUAUCGAUGUGACGCCCCCUCGCUCUCCAGGCUGGAAGAUGUCCGCUGAUGACUUGUCCGGGCCUGAGUCAGUUUAGGAAGAACUUUUUCCCUACGGAGCCUGACCGAGAAAACGCAAACGCUCGGGGUGUCCGAUUCCCCACACCUUUAACCCGUGGCUGGAUGGCGCUGCAGCGGUUACCUGGAGCUACGUGGAGCUAACUGCUAUGUCCGUUGUGCCCGGCCGACGCGAGGACGGACCGGAGAUGCCUUCUGGCUAGCAGCGCUAACGGUAUCUGAACCGCCGCUAACGUCAGUUGGCAAAACACGCACGUUAUUUAGCACGUUACUCAGAAACCCCGCCGUUACGGUGUCAUUUCUUUUUUUUUUUGACAGGUCUGCGAGACGGUCCGUUUUAACGAAGAAAUAUGAAGACGUAGCGAAAACGUUUGUUCGCGAAACGUUAAAAUACGUUAAAAAAAGUUAUCUCGCACGACAUUAAGCUAGCUGGCGUUACAAGUCAUCUUCAACGUCACUAAAGCCAAAUGCACUCACUGACACAAACCACUGCCACAACAAUGUCCCUCUUAAAACGGACCGCAAGUGAAGUAUGAAGUGUUUAACAGCAGAUGAGUGAAUAAAUUGACUACUAACUAGUACGCAAGGGGGGGGCGGAAACCAAAAUAGGUGUGAAACAGGACCGAUCCCCAGCGGAGCGUCUGGACUAAGACUUUUUGGUGUGACGCACCUGCUGAACCUCCCGAACCACAGAGAGGAGGAGCCUUCGGCCACCGGUACCGACCAUGGAGGGCAACGUACCGCAGCAGAAAACUACACCUUUAGCUCGGGAACUGACGAGGACGUUUAACAGCUACAACAAGCACACCGUGCAGCUGAAGAAGAACUUAAAGGAGACCAACGCUUUCUUCCGGGAAAUUAGGCAAAAUUACAGCAAUGCGUGUGCGUCAACCAUGAGCUCGGAUUCAGCUUCUUUUGAGGCAGGCCAGCUCAGCUGCAUCUCCUUUCCCAGCCAUGAGGAAGAGUUUCUGUGUAACACCGUGGGUGCUGCCCCGUGCAUCUUGGUCCUAGGCCAGGACUGUGCCGCCCGCUACCAGCUGCUUAACUGCCUUUUGGGGGAGCGGUUGCUGCCACUGGGCCCAGAGGCAGGAGAGGCCUGCAAAGGGGUCCAGGGAAGUGUCUGCAAGAGGCGGAAGCUGUGUUUCACCCAUGGGAGACAGACACGGCUCAGCUUGGCACUGCCGGGCCAGUAUGAGCUGGUGCACCAGCUGGCGGCUAACUGUGGUCGCUGGGACACGGUACCCCGGGAAGACCUGGAGAUCCAUGAGGGAUGCGAGGACCCGGCCCACAGGCUAGCAGAGCUGGAGAUCACUCUGCAUCACCCGCUGCUACUGGAAGCAAAGGUCAUGGUGGUGCCUUGCCACGGUGUCCAGCCCAUAGAAGAGGCCGUGGCGGACUGCACCCGCACUGUCAUCCCCAUCCUGCUCUAUGCCAUCAACCAGGACUCACUAAGCACAGACCACGUGGCUGACCUCAGGAAGGUCAAAGAGAUGCUCUCCUUUCCCAUCUGUUUCAUUCGGAUUCCUGACACGAUGCCAGCGGCCUCCCCGGAAGCCGGGCGACGUGUGGAGAGGGAAAAGGAGCGGGAUCGGGAGAAGAGCGCCCUCUUCAAGCAGUUGCUCUCCCUCGGCUUCCUGAGUAACCCCGUAGGAAACUGCUCCUGUGGCGCGCCUACCCAGACGCCCGCCCCGGGUGCCAAGCCCCUCAGCGUGCUGGUCGAGGUUUUUGAAAGGCUGCAUCGGUUGCUGGUGCCGUUUACUCGCCAAGUGCUUCAAAACCAGCAGGUGGAGGCUGCCAACCUGCUUAACGGGGUUCAUUGUCGCUGUCUGGAUAUUUUCAUCAACCAGGCCUUUGACAUGCAGAGGGACCUACAGAUAACGCCCCGCAGGCUGGAGUACACCCGUGAGAAAGAGGGUGAACUCUUCACCUCCCUGAUGGCCAUCGCUAACCGCAAACAGGAGGAGAUGAAAGAGAUGAUCGUGGAAACGCUCGGCAGCAUGAAGGAGCAGCUGCUGGAGGAUGCUGCCAACCUGGAGUUUACAGACAUCAUUGUAACAACUAAUGGAGAUCCUGUAACGUCGAAGGAGAUCAAAUCUUGCAUCCACCAGAUCCAGGAGCUGAUAGUGGUUCGUUUAAAUCAAGCCGUAGCAAAUAAGCUGAUCAGCUCCGUGGACUAUCUAAGGGAGAGCUUCGUAGGAACUCUGGAGCGAUGUCUCAACAGCCUGGAGAAAUCACACAUGGAUUCUUCUGUCCACAAUAUCACUUCCAAUCACCUCAAACAGUUAUUAAAUGCUGCCUAUCAUGUGGAGGUCACAUUUCAUUCAGGAUCCUCUGUCUCAAGACUCUUCUGGGAACAAAUCAAACAGAUAAUCCACAGGAUAACGUUUGUGAACCCUCCUGCCGUCUCUCCAGAGUGGAAGCGGAAAGUGGCCCAGGACGCCAUAGAAAGUCUCAGUGCUGCCAAACUGGCCAGAAGCAUUUGCUCCCAGUUCAGAACCCGCCUGAACAGCUCGCACGAGGCCUUUGCAGCAUCUCUGCGCCAGCUGGAAGAAGGGCACACGGGUCGUCUGGAACGCACCGAGGACCUAUGGCUGCGUGUGAGGAAGGACCACGCCCCUCGGCUGGCCCGCUUGUCUCUGGAGAGCCGCUCCCUCAGGGAUGUGCUGCUGCAUGGCAAGCCAAAGCUCGGCCGAGAGUUGGGUCGAGGCCAGUACGGAGUUGUGUACCUGUGUGACAGUUGGGGGGGACACUACCCAUGUGCCCUGAAGUCUGUAGUACCACCUGAUGAUAAACACUGGAACGACCUGGCUCUGGAGUUUCACUACACAAGGUCCCUACCCAAGCAUGAGCGGCUUGUGGACUUACAUGGCUCUGUGAUCGAUUACACCUACGGAGGCGGCUCCAGCAUCGCCGUGCUGCUCAUCAUGGAGCGACUGCACAGAGAUCUCUACACGGGCUUGAAGGCUGGUCUAUCGCUGAGGGAGAGACUUCAGAUCGCCCUGGAUGUGGUGGAAGGGAUCCGCUUCCUGCAUGGCCAGGGCCUCUUACACAGAGACAUCAAGUUAAAGAACGUUCUGCUGGACAAACAAAAUCGUGCAAAGAUCACAGAUCUGGGCUUCUGUAAACCAGAGGCCAUGAUGUCCGGCAGCAUCGUUGGAACCCCCAUCCAUAUGGCUCCAGAGCUUUUUACAGGAAAGUAUGAUAACUCUGUUGAUGUUUACGCCUUCGGGAUCCUCUUCUGGUACCUCUGCACUGGUUCAGUUAAACUCCCAGAAGCCUUUGAGAAAUGCUCCAGUAAGGACCAGCUGUGGAAUAAUGUUAAAAAAGGAGCCCGACCCGAACGGUUGCCCACUUUUGACGAGGAAUGCUGGCAGCUGAUGGAGGCCUGCUGGAACGGGGACCCCUCCCUGAGGCCCCUGCUCGGUAUUGUGGAGCCCAGCCUGCAAAGCAUCAUGGUCCGGCUCUGCAACAGUGGCUCAGAACAGAAGAGCAGCAGCCUCGACGACUCAAACUGAAAACACUCCGGACGAACCAUCUUGUAUUUAUGAAGUACGGAGAAGAACAUGUGACAAAUGUUUUUGGCUGUCCUCCUUUAGUUGGAUUUACAUUAUUUAUGAGGAGUUGACACAGAUCUAAAGUUUGCAAAUAUUUUAUUGUUUGUGAUUUGUGCAUUUGUAUACAAACUCUUCAUGCUUUUGUCGUAGUUGCUGUGCUAAUUGUUGCUUGGUCAUAGGAUUGUUUCUAGAUGCAAACUGUUUUAAAAGUAGGCCGUGCCCAGUGUUGUGAAAAAAAAAUCAAUAUAUAUAUAAAAGAUUAAUUUUAGAUAGUAUUUAAACUGAACAUGUCUGCAUCUAUACGAAUACAUCUUUUUUUUUAAAUAAAAUGAUCAGUUACAACUCGAUUUGUAUCACA